AUAAAAUGCAGAAAGAAAUCAGGAAAACCGAAUUUUGGAAGCCGAUACAGGUUGAGAUAGACCAACAAGCUGCUCCAGGAAGAUAUGAUAUAAAUGUAAACUCAAAGCAUGAAAGUCAUAAUCAUGGAAAAAUACCUUUCGGCUCUGGCUCAACUAGAUUUGGAGAGGAUUUUCCGAUGCUAAAUUGCUUGCCAGGCCCAGGGAGUUAUAAUUACAAAUCAAAUUUGAUUCAAACUAAUCAAAGUAAAGCACCCAAGUUCAGUCCAUUGACUGAUAAUAAAGGGUCGACAAGAUUUGAUUCACCAAGAACAAGUUUGGCUUCACAUUCUGGAACUGAUAUAAAUAUUCAGAGAAAACCCCAAAUUACCCAGAAAGUGAAGAAGACUCCAAUGAAAUCUUCCUUGUCAUCUGGGGUGAAGCCGGAGCUUAAAGCUGAUAGAUCGAAGGAAACAAUUGACCUGAGUCCAGGAAAGUAUGAUCCGAAUUACAAAGUGAUUAAGAAGAAUGUGCCGACUAUCUCUAUGGGAUCGAAUACAUCCAAGAAUAUAGGAUCAAUGAAGAACUAUAUGGAGAGUUUCAUUAGGACUAUCCUUCCAGCUGCUGAGGAAAAUGAUCCCUACUCAUUAUUAGAGCCAGAUGAAGUGAAACCUUCGAUUGCAGGCAGGAUCUCUAAGGAUAAAACUGAGAGUAGUAUUUUCUCAUCGAAGACUAUUAGAGGUCUCAAGAUCUCACAAACACCUGGCCCAGGCUCUUAUAUCCAUGAAAACACUGGGUUACAUAGAAUUAUGAAAAACAUUCCAGAAAGUUUUGGAACUACGAGUGUCAAGAACACUAGGUUUCUCAACUCAAGUAUUGAGGCUCCUUAUAGUGAUCCUAGCUACCUUGACAAUCCUGGUGCUGGAACUUAUAGCAACAUUAAGCCUAAUAGAAAUAAGGUAAUCAGAAAGAUCCGGCUACCAGGCAUGCUUCGAACUAAACUUAAAAAGAAAAGUCCUUUCUUGUCAACUGAUAUCAGGAAGUGCCUCACAAACAGCCAAGAUAGCGAGAAUCUUCCAGGUCCAGGCGCAUAUGAUCUGAGUUUUAGAGAUCAGCUUAAGACGCUUGACCAGAAGUAUUCCCAACGAUACAAGAAGAAUCCCUUUGGAUCUCAUGGAAGCAGAUUUGGGAGGAGAAAAAUUAAGAAUAAGAGAGUCUCCCAAGCACUCUCAAUAGAGGAGGAGCAAGCUCCUCAGGAUAAACACCUAGCAAGAGUAUACAUAGAUGAGACUAUUGAGAAGAUAAAAUAAAGACGAGCAGAGAAAGACUACCUUCCAGUUCAAGUCCGCGACCAGAAGGUUCAAGGAAGAUACAGUUGCACAUAAGAAAGAGGUCUUUAAUGGUAUCCAACCGGCAAGAUAUUGGAAUCAAGAUAAGAUGAUGUCCGAGUCCCAUCAUAAAAGUUCUAAAAGACAUCUUACGAAAGAUUUAGAGAAUCAAAUCUUCCUUCGAAACAUUUCUCCUCGAUUCAAUUAUACUAAAGAAUCUCUAAAGGCAAUGGAAGUUCCUGGACCAGGAACUUAUUCUGUGAACCAAAAGUCUAUCACAAAACACCUUGAGGCUUCUCCGUCUUUCAGGGCGGCUUCCAGAGACCAGGACUCUAUAUUCGGCAAGAUUGUGAGAAAGGCUGGCUUUGGGCCUGGUCCUGGCAGCUACAACAGCAAUGUGUCCACAGUAGUCAAGAAAACAUUUAACGCAAAUUUGGUUUAA